AUGAGAUUUUUUUCAUCAAAUAGAGGAUUUACAAGCAAUUGUAAAAGCCAAGAGAUAAAACAAAAAACAAUAGUAGAGGCAGAAGAGAAAAUUGAUAAAAGUGUAAUUAAAUCAGUUAUUACAAACAAACAAUUAUUCAAAACUAUUAUAAAAGCUGGUAGAGGGACUAGGAAUGUGUUUGAAUGUUUCAACUACACUUCUUUGACCAAUGCAGAAUGGAUCAUUAGAAAUCAGUACUAUGGUCUCCUUGAAUACAAACUAAAGAGAAAUGACCCUUUACACUUUUCACUCGCUUCAAUCCAAAUGAUAUGUAAUCAUUUGGAUGGUGACAUGAAACUCUUUAAUCUCAUCUAUGAGAAAAAGAGAUCAUUGUUCUUUUCAGACACUCUUUUAGAGUGUGCUGCAACUUCUGGGAAUACAAAAGUAUUCAAGAUAUUGCUUGACCAGACAUACCCAAAACAAUUAGAUCUUUAUCAUCAACCAAGAUUGUUAUAUUAUUUUCAAGAUGGUUUUACUAUAAAGGUUGGUCCAUGUCAUGAAUACCCCGAAGAGAUCCACCCAUUCCAUCCAUGCCAUUCAUUAAACAAAGCAAUCAAUGGAUGUCACAUUGGUAUCUUUGAACUGCUAGUUGGUGGUGGUGGUGGUGGUCUUGUCAACGUCGAAAACAACACAACUCCAUCCAAGAUAUUGACAAACGACUCGAAAAGAAUCUCGUCAUUCUUGGAGUUCUUGUACAACUUUAUCGAAACCAAAUUGUCAACUCCAAACGAAACUAUAGUUUCAAUUGCAAAGAAGUUCGUCUCUCCUCUCUUUUUUCCACUCCUCAAAUCAAACAACCUAUCAUUGAUCAAGAAAUAUUAUGGCAAUGAUGAUCAGAUCUUUGAUGAAAAUGACUUUUCCGAUUGGAUCAGGUCUCUUCAUAAUCAGACACUAGAGGAAAUAGAAAAUGAUGGUGUUGUAGAGACAAUCGAGUGGAUUCUCUGUGAAAACAUAACCAAGUUCCCUCACAAUCAAGGGAUCAUUGACUGUGCUCAUAAAAUCAGUGCGUCCCUUUCAAGUCUAAACAAACAAGAGAAACUGUAUAUUUGUUUUACCUAUUACUUUGACAAAUUGUCAUCUUGGCAAGAUCUUAGAAAUGAUCAAUUCCCAUUACUUGGCAUAUACACCAAAUACUAUGCAUCAGUAAUACAAGAGAAAAUGUCUAUAGAGGAUGAUUCUAGUUUUAUCAAAUCGUUGGGAGAGGAAACCUAUACAUUUAUAAAUUUCAUUAUAAAAGGUAUCAAAAAACAUGAAUCAGUGUAUUCCUUUCUCUAUGAAGAUGUGGCUCUUCUUCGUUGUGCUUGGAUCAUCUAUGAACUUAUCCGUCCUGGAUACUUUUGUCAGAGAGUACCUUUCAAAUGUCUCAAAGCAUUGCAGUACUGUCAACAAAGAUUCAGAAAAACAUACGAAUUCAAUUUCACAGAUUUUUCAGAGGCAAUUAAAAGACAAGACUCUUGCAUGAUCGAGUAUCUCUUUCAAAUCAAUAGAGAGGACAUUAUUGCAAAAAUCAUUGAGGACAUCGAUGGUUUUGUAUCUUUGAUGUUGGAACUAGCCUACACUGAAGACUUUAACGAGGAUGUGGCAAAGGUUCUUUAUGAAAACACAAAAUUGAUAGCGAAGCCACCAUUUUCAAAAAAGUUGGAUUAUCGUUUAUUUGCCAGUCUCAAUGCAAUUAUUUUCUACAACACCUAUUUAAACCCUGGCCUCAAAGAUGAAAAAAUAGACUAUUCCAAAGAUUUACCAAUCAUAGCCUACUUUUUCACCAACUCUCAACCACCUUGGGAUGAAAACAUCAAGCAUCUCAUGAAAAAAGCCUGCAAAUAUGGUGACUUGUCAAUGGUUCAAUACCUUUUUGAAAAUCAUUUCGAUGCAUUGAAAUUAGAUGGCAUAUCUUGUUCAUUUUUAGAUAGGGCAUUUAAUCGUGGUCACAUGUCAAUCGUAAACUAUCUCAUUACAGAAAAGAAUCAAUAUUUUGGAAAAAAUUGUUGCGCAACUACUGCCGUCAUGUGUGACAAUUCACUGUUGGAGUUUGUUAUUACCAAUACCCACCCUUCCAAAGCUCAAAAGAUAAAAUCAUCCAUCAUAGAAGAAGCAAUUCAAUAUGGGGUGUAUCAUUAUGUUCAACAUAUUCAUAAUCAUCAAGUAUCACUUCCUCGCUAUUUAGAUUUUUUCACCUACACAGAUCAACCAAGCCAAUUAAAAUAUAUAAUUGACAAUACCAAGUUUAAUGUUAAUGGUGAACAAGAGCAAGAUUCAAAUUCAUCAGCAUCAUUAUUCAUAACAAAAUUAACUAGAUCAGAGUGUUUAAAUGAGCUUGUGAUAAGUUCUAUUCAAAGAUGUUCAUUAGAAUGUUUUAAAUUGCUCGUAGACCACUACCAUUGCCCUCUCAACAAUGAUGUGACUGAAGAGUUGGAAAGAGAUAAAGAUAAAAGUUAUCCAUUCCUUCUCCUUCUUAAAAACAAAUAA